AUGCUGUUUCCCUUCCCCCCUCACACCCACUCAAUCGCGGCGUUGGAAUUAUCUUUUUCCGCAGGGCCAAGACUGCCAAGCUUCCAAGUGACCGUGCGUUGUCAAGAUCAGAUAGGACGGACAGCUCUGCCCGCACCAGGUCUACCUCUUGACCCCCAACGACAACACCCUGCCUACGAUCAGCGCUGGCUCACUGUUUUUCCCCCAAUUCGGCUCACACGCAUUCUGUCCGACCAAACAAACAAAGCUCACAUUGAAUCUCAUCAGCAACUCUCGCCAGAACAUCAACAGAUCUAUCUCAACCACCAACUCAAGAUCAAGUCUCCCAUCAGCGACGAGCGACUGCUGCUCAACAGACUCAACGUACGCAUGCUCAAGUUCAGUCUCCACGAGUCCGGCUGGGACGGGUUCAUGCUCAAAUACAAGACCGAACGCCCCCUUGACCUCACCCUUUCCGUAGCUGCUAUGCAGAACUACCUCCGGAUGUCCAGAGUGCUCUUGAAGACAAACCGGCUCGAACAAUCUCUUGACCGCGCCUGGAAAUCCUUGCUCUCGUUCGGCCAGAUGAUCCAAUCCCUACCAAGCCAGAUGGAGAAGGACUAUCUUGAACCUCAGGUCGUCGCAGCCAUUCAUCAACUGUGGCAAGACCCAGGUGUCCGGCAAUGUUUUGAGCGCAGUCGGGAGUACCAGUUAAACAACUCUGCGGCCUACUAUUUCGAUUCAAUUGACCGAAUCGAACAGCCUCAUUACGUCCCAGAUGAUCAGGACAUACUGUGUCCACGAGUAAAAACCACCGGAAUUACCAAAACUGUGAUUGUGAUUGGAGAGCUCAAGUAUCGGAUCGAGUACGCCCAGAUGCUCUAUGAGGACGACUCGGUGAACAGAAUGCAGGAAUCCCUCAACCUAUUUGAUUCAAUCUGCAACUCAAGAUGGUUAAUCAUGAUCCCGGAAGUGAUCAAAUUCAUCCGCCAGCUCCAGUCCUAA